AUGGAUAGCUAGUAGGAUAUUUUGACUUAACUUUGUUGCAUAAAUUGUUAAAAAGUGAGCUAAUCUCCAAAUAUUACAACUUGUUGCAAUUCAGUUGUUUGCUUUGACUGUAAACCUAUUGUUUAAACUAAAUCUUGCUAAGUUUGUGGAUCAAGAAAUUAUUCAAUUUAAGUUAACUCAUUUUUGAGCAAACUUUCAAGCUAAAUUAAAAUGUAAUGCUAAUACAAUUGCGGAUAUAGCGAUAAUCUUAAAUUACUUGCGAUACAUGAGCUUAGUUGCUAGCUAAAAAAGUAUGAGUGCAACUUAUGUAACUUUAAAUCAUAAGGUGAUGAAUUUUUAUGUCAUAUUAACUCCGAUCAUCAAAAAGAAAUAAUAUAGAGCUUUUCUAAGGGUGGUAAUGCACCAAAAUAAAGCAGCUUAGACAUUGAUCCAACGAAAGUUUAAAUUAACAAAAAUAAUUUUGAAUCCAGAGUUGGAACAAGUGGUAAAUAUUAUUGUGGAAAAAGCAUAGGAUUUCAUUGUGGGUGCUGUUCAGGGUGUGGUCCUCAUGAUGGAGACAAUUGUCUACCUUGUAUGAUACUGGAUGUUUCAAUAAGAAAUCUUCCAAAAGGAUAUUUAGUAAAUAAAUAUGGAGCUAAUUCAAUUUUAAAAGAUAAAGUGUUCUCAUGUGGAAGAUUAAUAGCAAAAAAAAGAUGUGGAGAAAAUUAUUAUUGGUGCGAUGGUUGCGAUUCUUUAACUAGAAAUGCUAAGAAUUAUUAUGAGGCUUUUUCUAAGUGA